AAAAAGAACACGAAACUAAUCCGCUCUUUUCAAAUUCCUUUAAAGCAUUUCGUUAUAAAUGAACAGCCCCUCUUUGACGCCCAUGAGGGCCUCACUGUACACUCCUGUCGCUCUCUGUUGCCCAGCUUCAAAUGACCCAACUGCCCUUUCUGUCUACCUUUUAUUACAUUCUUUUAGCCAUCAGAAUUGUUGUGUUCCUUGCAUUGGUGGCUGGAAUCGGUGAAACCCAUAAGAAUUUUGAGUAUUAAAAGGAAUUAGAAUCUGAAAUUUGGGGCAUUUGAUGAGCAAGAGCUUGUGUUGUGGGGUAUCGAUUACCAGUUCGGUUUGAGUUUUUUUCCCACUUCUUUUCCCUUUUAAGGCGCUUCUUUGAUUCUCCCUCCUUUUUGUGAGGUCUAUGAGGAAUUCAAUUUCUCUUCUAGGAUUUUUUUUUUCAGUAAAAUUCAUUCAUUAUAUCAUUUUUUUAGUGUUUUUGGUAAAUAUAUAAUCCCUCAUGUAUUUUGUUUCAUUUUUUUUGGUCAUUGAUACGAGGGUUUAGGAGUAGCUAAGAGCUGAAAUUCUUUGCUUAGAUUCUUUAGAUAGUUGAAUUUCAUUUGUGGGUUUUGAAUUUAGACUGCCUUGGUGGAGGGGAGAAGUUUUUAUUGAUUGAUUUCUUCCUUCAUAGAUUUUUCAUUUCGAAUUGCGAGUGUCAUUCGGUAGCUGUUCUUCUGUGUGUGAGCAUGUCUAGUGGUUCGCCUGUUGGCGGUGGAUAUAUGAGGCAGAGACAUAGCCAAGGCUAUGCUUCUGGCGGUGAUGAUCUUGAGGAUGAUGCAUGCUCUAGGCCACAGCCGUUUUCUCCACCUAGCCCCCGAGUUCGGUCAUGGGCUGAGAUUGUGGAGAAUGUGCUUUGGAUUGCCUCCGCAAUCUUCAUCGUUUACUUUGGUGAUAGACACUCGAAUUUAAUUUAUCUCUUGUGGCAUGAUGGACGAAUAAGAAGAUUACCCUUAUAUCUUGGGAUGGUAGGUGCUGGGUUGAAUGUGGUUAUAUUCGUAUAUACAAGUAUGUUUGCGUGGAGUGUCAGGAGAUUUGAUGAAAAAUGGGAGCUGUCAAGUAUAGCUGCUUUGCCAUUUGUUACCCUAUUGGGACUCAUCUCGUUUUGCUUGUUUGCCUUUGCUCUAUGGCCGAUAUGGAGUUUCUUGACCCUUCCUCUUCUGUUCACACUGUUCAUGGCUUGCAUGGUUAUCUUUCCCCAUAUCAUGAUUGUGACAUUCAGGCAGCCAAAUGACUCAUUCCGUAUAGAUUAAUAGUUCCAAGCAACGGCUACUGACUUAGAUGAAGAUUUUCUAACUCGAAUACGAAGUUGAUGCCUGAUGGCAUUGGUUAUGUAUCAUGCAAUACGUCUCCUUUCUAGUUUUGCCAUCCUGGUGCUAACAACUAAAGCUGAGUGUCCUUCAAUUGGUCAGUAUUCAUUUCUCAGCUCGAUACACCACAUUUUAUGCCCUAUGGUUUGUAUCACUGGGAUAACAAGAAUUUACGACGGUCAAUUAUUAAUCAGAUUCUGCUGAGGUAUCAAUAGGCAUGUGGAGACAUUGAGCCUUUUAGGCAGUCUCCCAUAUUGUGCCAAAUUUUGUCAUCCAAUGUAAGCCUUGGUCUAGUAACAGGUUCAUCUCUGGUUUACGGAGGUGGUGGUGAUUCUAGCAGGGAGAUUGAAUGUUAAUACUAUUUUAGCCAAUUGGAAUUAUCUUCUGCUUCUAGUUUCA